AUGGAGGGUGGAGACGCAAGAAAUGGUUUGACUGGGACAUCACAGACAACGGGAAGUGGGGUUGAGAGCCCAGCAAAGCCACUGCCUCCUUGCUGUGUCAAGGCAAGGGCUGCAGCACCUGAAUCUGAGGCGAAGUGCCAUGCCACUGUGGUAUCGGGAUGGUUCACGGAAACCCGCUCACGAUGUGGUAAAGCGAGCAAACUGCAGUAUUAUAAUAAUCCAAUGUGGCCAGGAGAGACCCAUUCCUUGAAAGUGGAUAAGAUCCUGUACCAGGGGAAGUCACCAUACCAAGAAGUCUUGAUUUUUGAGUCGUUAACCUAUGGAAAAGUCCUUGUGCUUGAUGGUAUUGUACAAUUGACUGAUAAGGAUGAAUGUGCCUACCAGGAAAUGAUUACUCAUCUCCCACUCUGUUCAAUUCCUUCUCCUAAGAAGGUUUUGGUUAUUGGAGGUGGAGAUGGUGGUGUACUUCGAGAGAUAGCCAGACAUGGUUCAGUGGAGUCUAUUGAUAUAUGUGAAAUUGACCAGCUAGUUAUUGAUGUUUGUAAAGAUUUCUUCCCAGACUUAUCUGUUGGAUUUGAGGAUCCUCGUGUUCGACUUCAUGUUGGUGAUGCUGUGGAGUUCCUAAGAAAUUCUCCUGAAGGGACAUAUGAUGCUAUUAUUGUUGAUUCAUCAGAUCCUAUAGGGCCUGCUCAGGAACUUGUAGAGAAGCCAUUUUUUGAGACAAUUGCUAGAGCUUUGAGACCUGGCGGUGUUCUUUGUAAUCAAGCUGAGAGUAUGUGGUUGCAUACACAUCUGAUUCAGGACAUGCUUUCGAUCUGCUGUGAGACUUUCAAGGGUUCUGUCCACUAUGCCUGGGCAAGUGUCCCAACAUAUCCUAGUGGUGCAAUUGGGUUUUUGCUAUGUGCCAAAGAGGGUCGACCAGUCAACUUCCUGGCACCCAUAAAUCCAAUUGAAAAAAUAGAAGGCGCUAUGACAGCAGGGAGGGACAUCAGAUUUUAUAAUACUGAGAUGCAUAGGGCAGCGUUUGUUCUUCCAACCUUUGCAAAGAGAGAGCUAGAAGCAUAUAGUUGCUCCACUAUAGGGCACAACAAGAGGAAAAAUCAGCAGAACCAGCGAAGGUUGCCGUCGUGCCACACAGUGAAAUUCUUACCGCUUAGACGAGGGCUCCGGGACUUGUUCAACAGUCCGUGUGCUGGACAUCAAGUACUUACUGGUAUAGUAGCAACAUAA